CAGUCACGCGCGACGCCGGGUCCUCCGGGCUGUGCAGUAACCUGUGUCCUGAGCCGGGCGCUGUACGCCGCAGAGUGCUUUUACACCUCCGAGCGGGCGGUGCCCGAAGACACCGCCGUACUUCAUAAUAGCUACGGUUCUACGCCGUGAGUUAGGGCUUUGUUGUCUGGAUGAUUCAUGAAUGUUUGAUCUUUCAAAGUAGACUGGAAGUACCUCAAGUACAAGGAACACUCACGUUAAUCCUCCAAACAACAGGAUUGAUAUUUAUACAUGUGAUUAUAGGUCCAGUCCUACACUGCUGGAUGACCUCUCAUCCCAUGUCAAGAGCCCUUUUAAAAAGCAAGAAGUGAGCUCUUUAUAUCCAGUCUCCACAGAAAACAAAGCAUGACGAACUUGGGAGACAUGCUGUGCUGGAUACACUUGAACAUCACAUGUGUCCUUACCCAGUGCGUCUGUUUCCAAGAGAGUCACAUGACAUUCGUUCCUCUGCAGGCUCCAGCGUCUGUGUUUGUAAAAUGAGGGCUUGGAUUAGCUGGUCUCCAAAGUCUGUUCCAGGAUUGAUGCUGUGGGAUUCUGCAAUCAGUGUGUGGCCUGGACACGAGUGGAAGGAAGCAGAGCUCAUCUAUAGUUGUUUGCUGCAGAGUGUCCCAUGAUGCACCUGCCAAGAACAUGUGCUCAGAGACUGCCGCCUUGCAUGUGUCCCAGGAGUACUUCCCUUUGAAUGGAGGGUGCAGGUGCUGCAGCAGCCAUUACAGAAGCCGAAGGCCCAUGGGUGAUGACACUCAGACCCAGUGGGCUUGCUAAAAUCACCAAGAAAGGUAAAUGGAAGAGGUGGAGACCAGUUUAUUCCAGACACGGAAAGCACACAGAAUAGAACAAAUGGUGGCAAGAUGGCUACGACGUUCGCGGGACAGCUCAGCCCGGGCUAAAGUUGCUGCAGCUGAUGGGCCCGCAGGGAUUCCAAUCCAGACCAUCACCCCUGUGAAACACACAGUAAAAAUAGACAAAGAUGCCCUCCUCCAGGACUAUGGAUUUCACAUUUCUGAGAGCCUUCCCCUCACAGUGGUGGCCGUCACAGCAGGAGGCUCUGCUCACGGCAAGCUUUUUCCUGGUGAUCAGAUCCUCCAAAUGAAUGACGAGCCUGCGGAAAGCCUUUCCUGUGAACGAGCAGUCAAUAUACUGAGGGAAGCUGAAGACCCUCUUUCAAUCACAGUUGUUCGCUGCACAUCGGGAGUCCCCAAGUCAUCCUUCCUGACUGAGGAGAAGAGAGCCAGGCUAAAGACCAACCCCGUGAAGGUGCACUUUGCUGAAGAAGUGCUUGUCAGUGGACACAGCCAGGGUAAUUCUCUGCUGUGUAUGCCCAACGUGCUCAAGCUGUACUUGGAGAAUGGACAGACCAAAGCUUUCAAGUUUGAGGCAAACACAACUGUGAAGGACAUCAUCCUCACCGUGAAGGAGAAGCUGUCCAUCCGAAGUAUGGAGUACUUCGCACUGGCCCUGGAAGAGCAGUACAACAUCUCACGGCUACACCUGCUGCACGAGGAGGAGCUCAUCCAGCAGGUGGUAGAAAGGGAGGAGUCACAUGACUACCGCUGCCUCUUUAGGGUGUGUUUUGUUCCCAAGGACCCCCUGGACCUCCUGAAAGAAGACCCUGUGGCCUUUGAAUACCUCUAUCUGCAGAGCUGCAGCGAUGUGCUCCAGGAGCGCUUUGCUGUAGAAAUGAAAUGUAGCUCUGCGCUCCGACUCGCAGCCCUGCACAUCCAGGAGCGGAUCUACGCAUGUGCUCAGCCACAGAAGAUCUCUUUGAAGUACAUAGAGAAGGACUGGGGAAUAGAGAACUUUAUAUCUCCAACUUUACUCCGAAACAUGAAAGGCAAAGACAUUAAGAAAGCUAUUAGCUUCCACAUGAAGAGGAACCAGAAUUUGCUGGAACCCCGACAAAAGCAACUUAUAUCUGCUGCCCAACUACGUUUAAAUUAUCUACAGAUCCUUGGGGAACUCAAGACAUAUGGUGGAAAAAUCUUUAAUGCUACUCUAAUGUUACAGGAUAGAGAAUCCUACAUUGCCCUUCUAGUUGGAGCCAAGUAUGGGAUUAGCCAAAUUAUCAGUAGCAAACUCAACAUCAUGUCCACGUUGGCAGAGUUUGCCAACAUCAGCCGUGUGGAGCUGACAGAGGAGUCCGAGAAAGUGAGCAUGGUCAAAGUAUAUCUUCAAGACGUCAAGGUUCUGACGUUGCUGCUGGAAUCCAACAGUGCAAAAGACCUGGCCUGCCUGAUUGCUGGGUACUACAGGCUAUUUGUCGACCCAGAUACCUCCAUUUUCCUGUGGCCGGGAAACAAACAACAGGUGCACCGGGUAUCUGCUGAAGAAGGCUAUGAAUCCAGGGCAUGCAGUGACUCAGAGGAGUCCUCUGAAGUGGACUGCGUGCUGGAGCCUCUCUCUGACGGACACGUGCUGAAGCUGGGCCCCUGCAGACCGCUCGUAAAAGAGGAGCAGCCUCCUGGGGACAGCCCCAUGCCUGAGAUGGCCAGGAGGGGCCCGAGCACCUCCGGGGCCAGCAGCAUGACAGACAGUGCUGAGUCCGAGGCUUCUGACUCUGCCAACACUGAGAGCCGAGGCUGUAGGACCAGUGGCUCCAGUGAGUCUAUGGAUGCCCUGGAAGAGGAUGACUUGGACACUUGCUCUUCUAGCAGGUCUGGCUUCUUCCACUCUAACUCACCAGGCUUCCCAGAGACUCUUGGUUCCAGCAGCCAAGAGGAGAGAAGCAGGAUUGAAACCAAUGGCUUCCUGUGUCUCCUGGACUUGGCUCAGAGAGCCAAUCAUCCAUGCCAGAAGACUGAGUUUUCUGAGAGCCCCACUCCUGAGACUUUCAGCUGGGGACCAGAACCAAGUGCAGUCAGGCUGGACCCUAGGCUAUAUGAGGGCAGCCGAACCGACUACUAUAGCCUGUGCUCCAGUGUCUCCCUGGCCAGCCACCUGAGCAACAGCUCAGAGAGCACAGCUUCCCGGCAGGGCAGGGGCCUGCCAGCCUGGGGUCAGAAGGGCUGGACUGAGGCCCAACCCAGCUCUGCUCUGGAAGCCCUGGCCCCGCAUCUGCCACUGGCCUUUGAGGACGGUAGCUCAGAUGAGGAAUACUAUGAUGCUGCUGACAAGCUCACACCCCCAGACACCCUCUCAGGGCCCAGAGCUGUUUCUGCUGCAGAACCCAGUGCCACAAACUCACAGAAUAAGGUUAGCACUUGCACCCUUGAGGACGGCCUGAAUCCUGGGCCAGAUGGAAGAGAACCAAGCAGAAGGGGAGGUGUGAAGAAGUAUGCUAAGACACUGAGAAAAAGAAGGUCUUUCCUACAGACUGACUACACCUGUCAAGUUUCAUUUCCUCUGGUGCCAUCAGCCUCGCUGGAGAGUGUGGACGACGUGUGCUACUACAACAGGGAGCCCUAUCUAGCCCUCGGUGCACCCUCCCCAACUGUAUCCUCUCUGCAGGACAUGCACAGUGAGCCCGGCCUCCUGGAGACGAAGGCCCUGGGACUGCUGGGUCCCUUGAGGAAGCCCAAGAGCAAAAACCCAGCCUCCCGGGUCAUGGAGAUGGAGCCUGAGACCAUGGAAACCAAGUCAGUCAUUGACUCUCGAGUGUCUUCUAUUUCUGCCAUUCGCCUCUGUAUUGACCCCGACCAUAAAGAGAGUUCUGGGGAUGCCCCCCUGACUGCCACUGUUGCCAGUUCCCCAGCGAGUACCCCUCACUGUUCCAACCCAGGUUCAUCUGGCCCAGAUAAUUCUCGGGCAGAGCCUUCCCAAACCUUGUCUCCAUUUCAACACUCAGAUGGCAGUGCCCCCAAAGAACUCACCCUAGAGCUUGGGGACAGCACUUCCUCCCUCUCCAGUACUGACCCCAACCCAGAUAGAGGCUGCCAGGCCAUCAGCCCAGGGCCGCAUAAUGCCUCUCAAGCAGACACACUAGAGCUGGGAGGAGUCCAGUUUGAAACAAGAUCAGGAUCUUUGUUUACAAAUCCUAUGCAAGAAACUGCCCCCAAAUGCACAGAGCCUUUGUUGUCUCCUCCACUCAGGCCUAGAAGUGGUGAAUAUGGAAUAUAUUCAGAAGAGAAGAUGGCUUCUUUCCCUUCAGAGGAGGAGCAACAAGGACAGCUAUCUCUGGUACAUGAUGGAGAAGUUACAAACAAAAAUGGCACUGAUUUAUUUCAUGAUGAAUCUUGGAAAGAUUCAGGUGACUCCAGGGGUGACCUGUCGAAUGCUGUGCUACAGACUGGUGUCAUCGCUCCAGCUGGUGCAAUAAUAGCCUCCCUCUCCUUGAAGUCUCCUGUAACAGGAACUGAGCAGAUCCUGCCACAUUCCCCCACAGACCCCAAAGGACAGAGCAGAGAAACCCCAAGCCAAACCUGCCAGGCCCAAGAGCAAAAACUCUUGGAAGAGCUGGAUUUAGACCCUGAUUUCUUGUUUGGGGACCAGACCAUUCCAUCAGCUUUCCCUCUGGAGGAGGUCAAGGCAGAGCCACUUAACCAUAUGAUAGGGAAAGAUACAGCCUCUAGGGACACUACGCAGCAGAUCUGUUUUAAUCCAGGUCCUUCUCUGCCAAAGCCACUAGCGUGUCCCCAAAAGGAGCCCCACUUAGAAGGCUCAAAUCAUUGUUCACUGUCAGAAAGCAAAGGCAAAAGCCCUAGCAUCUGCCUUCCUGCUGAGAAAUCUUUCCUGUGCUUUGCCCCAGAAAGCCAUCCUAAAGUUUCUGCCGGUCUCAGGAUGGCCACAUCUUUGGGGUUUGUGGGUGCGAAUGAAACAGUGGCCCCUAGGAUUGGGAUGGAGCAGUGCAGCUGCCAGUUCUCCUAUGCCACGUGCUUCCGUGGCCUGCAGCCAGAGACAGAGGAAGAAGACAGGGACUUGGAAGCACACCCCACAGCCCCCCUCACCUCACCACCCUCUGCAGGAAGCCGGCUGGCCCUACCCUGGAGGCCUGCCCGGACCCACAGCUGCAGUGCCGAGCCCCUGCCGAGGAAGAGCCACAUCUGGCCAGAGUACUGCUCCAGGGCUCUGAGACAGCUGAAAGCUGCCCCUGCCAGCACCCCAGAGGGCUUCAUCCAACUCAGAGAGAGCUUACUGGAAUUACAAGAUAUUUUAGAAGCUUCCUGGGGGAAUGGGAACAAACAUCCCCCGGAGAAGUGCACCUGGCACUUUUCAGAAAGCCGGAGCCGCCUCUGCAUGGGUUCCCAGAAACUCCUGUCGAGCUGUCAACAUGUGAUCAGAAUGGACCAGUCCCCUGAAGAGAUGCAGGGGGCCGUGCGGGACACCUUCCAGCACCUGGUCCAGCUGGCCGGCCUGUGCUUCCAGUUCACAGACUGCAGCCGCUGCUCCAGUCGGCACAGGGAAGCAGCAGGGAACCUGAGGGAUGUGGUGUACGCCUACCAUCAGUUUGUAGAGGCUGCUAAGCUGACCUGUGAGAGAGGCUACCACGAUCUGAGUGUGAAACUCUUGGCCCGUCGGUGCACAGCCCUCACUGCUGCCGUGUUUUGUUUGACGCAGAAGUUCCGGGCAUCCGCUGCCCUGUGAGCAGGCUGCUUGCCCAGGCCCCUACCCUGCCCUGGACACUUUCCUGAAAAGCCCCUCCAUUCCUCUGCCCACCCCUCCAAAAUGUUUACUAGAAUAUUAAAAUAAACUGCUGCUUCAUCCUGGCCUGAAUCAUA